GUGCGUUUAAACAUUCACUGUAGCUGAACUUUUCAAAACAUCUACACAUGUAAUUCAAAAUGAAAUCAUUAGUGCAGUUUAUAGGGAUAUUCAGCGUCUACUAUCAGGCAAUAUUGGGUGCGGAUCUUGAAUACAUUCGGUCAACGCUGACUCAGCACUUUUCCGAUACACGGCACCAUAUUGCUAAUCCAGCCUACAAAAGUCAAGCUCGUCUUUUCAUCUACGACGAAUUCCAGAAAGGUGGACUGAAUACGACGUACCACAAUUUCAUCUAUCUUGGGGUUUCCUAUACGAAUGUAAUAGGUGUGCUUAGAGGCGAACGGUUUGGAACGUUUGAGGAUGAAAUUGUCGGUGUUGGAGCGCACUAUGACACCGUAAAUAUCACAAAAGGGGUUGACGAUAAUGGGUCUGGUGUAACGGCAAUGUUGGAGUCUCUCAGACAAAUCGCUGCGGGCAACAAAGGUGGCAAACGCCGCAAGAAUACCAUCAUCUUUAUGGCAUUCGACCACGAGGAAUAUGGACUCAUCGGCAGCAAGUUUGCAAUUGAACAAUGGUUACUGCCCUGGCUUACCCAGAACUAUGGACAGCAAGUGGAGUCACUAAAGCCAAACGGAAUUAUCAUUCUUGAUACAGUCAUGAACUACAACUCUUCUGCAAAAUCACAGAUUAUCCCCCCGGAGGCUGUGAAGACUUUUCAGGAUUAUUUUCCAGAAACUGUGUCGAGUAUCGCCUCAGACAACUUUCAAGGAGAUUUUCUAGCAACUAUAUUCAGGCAAAAUCUUGAUGGAUUUCUUGCGUCUACUUUCAACAGCGAGUGGCUUGGUGAGCCCCAACCUGAAUUCGAAAUAGAGAAGUUUGGAUUUCCCUACCAGGAUGUGAAUGAAGACACGUGGAACGUAUUUGCCAACCUCUUCCGCAGUGAUCACGUCAACUUCUGGGAAACAAACAUACCAGCUAUCUUCAUCACGGACUCUGCUGAUUUUCGCGGUCAGAUGCAGCAGUGCUACCACAAUGCCUGUGACAACUUGGCCAACAUACUCACCGAUAACAAUGUCCGAUUCCUCGGCAAAACUGCGGAUACCAUUGCCGCGACUCUGAACAAACUGUCCGAGGCGUACAAUCAAAACACGAGUGCAGCAUCCACUGUUGGUGACUUCAUUUUUACUUUCUUGUUUUCGAUUGGACUUAAUAUGCUGAUGCUUUGAAUGAAACUGAAAGUGUAUGUGCGAAAACAAUGUGUUUCUGUUACAUUUGUCACAUGAUGAAUAUACGACCGGUACGACGAUCAGAACUUUCUUCACAAUCUAGCUCAAUUUCGUAUCUAUUUCAUUUAAUAAAUAUGUAUUGGUUUUCUUUAUUGAAUUGAUACAGAAACAAUCAAGUUAAUCUUGCAUUUAAUAAAGAUAAUCAAAUGAUCACAAAACGAAAUACUCGGGUUAGGUAUCAUUUCGAGGUUUUGGCGUUUGGCAACUGUAGUUGAGAACCUAUAAACAGUGUAAAGGAUUAUGAGUGAAAUAGGAAAGGAUAAGUCAUUUUGAAUGCAAUUUUCAGCUAA